AUGGAAGGAUGUCGUCCAAGCUUGUUUCCUAUUGAGCAGAAUUUGAAGCUCGUUACAAAUGAAGACGAUUCCAAGGUGGCUGCUGGUUCUUAUCGUCGUCUCAUUGGACGACUUCUUUACCUGCAAGCUACACGACCGGAUAUAGCCUACUCAGUCAAUACACUUAGCCAAUUUGUUUCAGAUCCUCGUAAAAGUCAUAUGGAUGCAGUGACAAGGAUCUUGCGAUAUCUCAAGGCUACCAGUGGCCAAAGUAUACUUCUACCAAAAGAAGGUGGCACAAACUUAGUUGGAUACUCUGAUUCGGAUUGGCUUGGGUGUCCUCUUAUUAGACGAUCACGAACAGGCUAUCUUAUCCUUUUGGGUGGAGCUCCUAUUUCGUGGAAAACUAAAAAGCAAUCCGUUGUUUCACGUUCUUCCGCUGAGGCCGAAUAUCGUGCCAUGGCCCAAACUGUUAGCGAAAUUAUUUGGUUGCAUUGGCUUUUGCAAGAGUUGGGAAUUACUCAGUUAAGUUCUACUACCCUUUUCUGUGAUAAUCAAGCCGCAAGACAUAUUGCUAACAAUCCCGUUUUUCACGAACGCACAAAGCAUGUUGAAAUGGACUGUUACUUUGUUCGUGAGCGCGUUGAAUCUAAGGAGAUUUGUCCAAUGCCCAUUGAUUCCAAACUUCAGCUUGCUGAUCUACUCAUGAAAGGACUUGGUGCUGUUCAACUUCGAUUUCUACUUGACAAGCUGGGUGUUGUCAAUUUACACACUCCAGCUUGA